AUGUCCAACACCCCCCUCCAAACCCGAACCUUCACCCCAUCCAACUACAAAACCACCAUCAUCGUCUGCCUCCUCAUCCUCGUCCCCAUCGUGACAAUCUGCUGCAUCUUCGCUUUAGCAGUUGCCUGCUCCGAGUACUGCAGCUCGCGCGGCAAAUCUCGCUCCUUCCGGGGGAAUGGGAGCAACAGCAGCAGCAACAGUAACACUGAGGGCCGGGGAAAUGGCCGCAUCUGGCGGAUCUCCCGGGCGCUGAUGCCACAUAACCACCGCCUAAAGAAGACGAAGGCACGAAGCAAGAAGCAGAAACAGUCUGAUCCUGAUGAUGUUGAUAUGGAGCAGGCUUGUCCGGGUCAUUAG